GACUGGAACACAUUUCAUGUCAUCCACGCCAAGAUGAGUGUCCCACGAGCGCGGAUAUUGGAUUUGAUGAAGGCGCAAUGCCAGCUCUUCGCGACGACCUUCAACCCUGAGGGCGUUCGCAUGGGCAACAAGGUCCUCCGACAGCGACUCAAGGGCCCGGCCGUGGCCGCCUACUACCCUCGAAAGACAGCUACGAUCAAGGACCUCAAGCGCGAGUUCGGCCCGACCCUGGCGACCUGGGAUGAGGCGGAGGAGGAUCGAUUCGAGUACAUUGACGAACUCAAGCUCCGUGGAAAGAGUGCGCCCAAGAAGAAGAAGGGACCCCCUGCUCCCACCGGCAAGAAGCGAUAA